AUGAAAGGACAGAUUCAGAAGAUUCGAAAUUUGGGCCGCAUCUCUUCAAGGCAGAUCCCCAUGGCAAACUUCCUGUACUGCUUCCUUUUCUGGUUUUCUAUUAUUUGUUCUGCUUUCUAUUGCGUGUCAAAUGCAGGAGCUGUUAAUUUCAGUUUUCCUCCCCAAAUGGAUAUCUAUCUGUGGAAGGAUGCUUCCAUUUCUAAUGAUCUGAUACAGCUUACCAAGAGCUCAGUCAAUGCCAACAUAUCAUGGAGCCUCGGCUGGGCAACUUAUGACAGCAUUGUUCCUUUUGGAGACGGUCUCACUUUCUUUCUUGCUCAGUUCGACUUUAAACCCUUUGAUGCUGAUACGGGCAACUAUCUCGGCCUGUUUAGAUCUGAAACAGAUGGGAAUCCAUCGAACCAGAUUGUUGCUUUGGAGUUCGACACGUAUAAGAAUGACUACGAUACAGAUGGUAAUCAUGUGGGAAUCGAUGUCAACAGCAUUCAAUCCAAGAUAAUCUUUUCAGUAAGUGGUCUUUACGAAGGCGCUGCCCUCCAUAACGGAAGAAAAUGGGAUGCAUGGGUGCUUUACAAUGGUUCAAGUAGAGUGCCACAGCUUCAAGUGUUGCAGUAUCCUAUAGACCUGAGCCAGUACCUUCCCCCAAACGUCAUGGUUGGCCUUUCGGCCUCCACUGGGGCUGCAAUUGAGUUUCAUGCUCUGCACGUUUGGAAUUUUUCGUCUCAAUCUUCAUAG